CAAUAAGCACGGCUACGAAAGAAUUUCAGCAUAAGUUUAUAAAAUAUCAAAAGAAAGAGCAGCAAAUUCAACACUCCUUUCAAAAGAUCCAAUCUGCACAAACUAGAAUACCAAACUACCAAACAGUUGCGUGAUGUCGUCGCCUGAAAAUCUCCACCCAAACUUGGUGAUCUCCUCCUCGAAAGCCCACCGUGCUCUCUUUACGAAAAUGAGAAAUGCUUCCACCUCCUCGGAAGAUUUUGUGAAGUAUUCGAAACGAGCCAUGAGAAUCUUGGCCGAAGAUGCGCUGGCAGAAUUUCCUUCGACCGAUGUGAAAAUAACAACUCCCUGUGGGUACGUUCGGUGUCAAAGAAAAGAAAAAUAAUCCUUUGGUGCAUUUCUUUUUGGCUGCCUCUUGAAUCAGGGGAAUUGUCAUGCAUCAUGGGACACGGUUGGGAAAUUACCCAAGUCCAUGUUCUUGCUAAUUCUUUUUGACUCAUUCCUUUUCCUUGUUGGACGUAUUGUAUGUCGAUGCUGCAACGGCACGCAAACUAACAGUCCUUGCGAUGGAUGUGUCGGUCCCGAUCCGACCACUAUUUGCGCCGUCUCGAUCAUAAGGAGCGGGGAUGCCCUCUUGGAGGUGGUCCGCGACGUUGAACCAGCAUUGCGCGUCGGAAAAAUACUCAUCCAGAGAGACGAAUCCCAUCCCGACAAGAUCGCGAAGCUCUUUUACAGCAAACUCCCCCCGGCAUCUGGAACAGAAGAACUGCCCUAUGUUUUGCUCUGCGAUCCAAUGCUGGCAACGGGAGGAUCCGCGCUCAAGGCCAUAGAGGUAUUGGUAGACAAAUACAGCAUCGAACCGGGGAAGAUCGUCUUUGCCAAUAUGAUCUGUGCACCGGAAGGGUUGAGAGCGAUGGCCGAAGCUUAUCCACAGAUAAAAAUAGUCACGGCAGCCAUCGACGAGUGCCUUAACGAGGACAAAUUCAUUGUUCCGGGUUUAGGUACGUAUCUAAUGACUCAUGCAGCGUAUGGAGCGUUCAACCGUUCGAUGCAUGCAUAGAUUGAGGCAAUCAGCUCACACAGAUACUUCAAAAUUUCACAUUUUCAUCGCUGCGUUUAUUGAACAGGGGAUUAUGGUGAUAGAUUUUUCAAUUCAAUAUAAAGUGCUUCCAGAA